GAUGAAAGAGGGGGGCUAUCAGACCUAAUGGUGUGGGUGGGACUUUCUCUACCUAUAAGGCCAGGGCUAAGAGAUAGUCAAUCAGUCAGAACGGUUGGGCAGCACAUGAAGACUUCUAUACCUAAAGACUUUCAAAUCUGAAAACUUCAACAGCUGAAGAUGAGGUUGAGUCUGGUGUUCUCUUCUCUGCUCUGUGUAGCCACAUGGAUGACCGGGCUCGAUGCAAGUGAGUUCUUACCUCUUAUUUUAUGACUGAAAGUGUGUGUGUCGGUGGUGUAUAUAUGUAACGUGUAGCUGUGUAAACCAGUAAUGUAUAACCAUGUAUAACCCUCUAUAGGCUUUGGACCAGUCAACACUUGCUGUCUUCAGCUGACUCAGAAAAGAAUCCACCCUAAAAAGGUAGUGGACUACACCGUACAGACUACAGCACUGUGUCCCAUCGAAGUCAUAGUGUGAGUAACCUACAUUCAUAUUUCCUACACAGUCAUACUACACCGUAAAGAUAAGAAUGCGUCCUAUUGAGAGUAUCCUACAAUGUCAUACAGAACCACUGGUUUUACUUCACUACCAAUGUCGUUAUCAGAAAAUGACAAAGUGAAUAAAAAAUGACCUCACCAGAGGAGACAAUUGACCUCUUGAUUUAUCUACUUCAAGGUUACACACCGUAAAAAGGAAGAGGAUCUGCGGUGACCCAGGAAGUGAUUGGGUGAGGAAGGCCAUGGCAAAGGUGGACGAAAUCAAGACAAUCAAGAGAGAGGAGGAGGAAGGAAAGGAGGGCGAGACAGUGACCAAGGCACCGGCAGUGCCACGUAAACAGGGAAAGGGACAAAAGAAGGGAGGCAAAAAAGGAAAGGGGAAAGGAGGGAAGAGGGGAGGAAAGAGAGAGGGAAGAGGGCGCAAGAGAACUGGUGUACCAAAACCAAUUGUGUAACUGAGCACAAUUGAUGUUAGGUCUAAAUCGUGGACUUCUGCCUGUAGGAGGAGAGCAAGAUAAAAAUAAAAAAAAGUUAAAAAGUAGUACAGUGGCAAGGACAUCUACCGAUGUUGACAUGUUGUAAAUCAAAUUUUAUCCAUGAGUACAUUUCUUUUUUUUUCCAUGAGGACUUGACACAAAGUUGUUUUUUACUCCCUGUGUCACUGAUACAUGGGACCAAUGCUGUUUUAGUAAACGUUUUUAUCUUACUUUUAUUCUUGCACUGGCUGCCACUAGCGCAUGUUUGAAAAAAGGUUUAGGCUAUUUGGGAUGAUGGUGGUAUGUUGCCUCACCUACCUUUGUGGAAUGUAGCCUAGUUUUUAUAUACUUCUGAUAAUUGACUAGAAUGUACAUCUCCACAUGGCCUAUCUUCCCUAUAGGCCUAGACUUAGAAUAAAAUGCAAUCAAAAUGCAAACAAUACAGUUUUCGUUUCAUCGCUGAUGCUAUGUGUCAGUGUG